UCUAUUUCGAACAAGUUAUGGGCAGAAAUUCUUGCCCAAAAUCCGACUUCGCUGUUAGAUUCCGCUCUUUUUAUUUGGGGUUAAUACUUACAUGGAGUGGCAAAGUCUUCUUCGCUGCUCUACUUCAUCACUUCUUGGCUCCCCUUUCCAUCGAGAUCUAAUGUCGUAUCAUCUUCCCUUCCACUUCUCCCUCUUAACCCUAACCCUCCUCCUCUCCUUAGCUUCCUCUGCACUUAUGAUUGUCGGUGGCUUUGUUACAAGCGACUCCUCUUAUUUUUCUGACAUCCUCAGCCGUGCCAAAGAUGAGCUUCCGCUGCUUCUCUCUAUCCGCCGCGUCAUCCACGAACAUCCUGAACUCCGAUUUCAAGAGCACAACACCAGUGCUCUAAUCCGCUUCCACCUUGAAACCCUAAGCAUUCCUUACUCAUUCCCAAUUGCCGGCACUGGAAUUGUUGCUCAGGUCGGUUCCGGCGCCUCUCCUAUAGUCGCUCUCCGUGCUGACAUGGAUGCUCUCCCUCUUCAGGAAUUGGUGGAUUGGGAACAUAGGAGUAAGUUUGAUGGGGUAAUGCACGCUUGCGGGCAUGACGUGCAUGUCGCUAUGCUUCUGGGAGCUGCUAAGUUGCUUAAUGAGCGAAAGAGCAAUCUGAAGGGAACUGUGAGGCUACUUUUUCAACCUGCCGAAGAGGGUGGUGCAGGUGCUUUUCACAUGAUCAAGGAGGGUGCUCUGGAUGGAGUGGAUGCAAUAUUUGGUAUGCAUGUUGACUAUAAAUUACCUACGGGCAGUAUCUCAUCACACCCAGGACCGACACAAGCUGCUGUAAGCUUUUUUGAAGCUAGAAUUCAGGGAAAUGGUGGUGAUGGAGGCACUCCUCAUCUUAAUAGUGAUCCUAUUUUUGCUACAGCAUUUGUUAUCCUCGCAUUGCAGCAGCUCAUUUCUAGAGAAGAUGACCCUCUUCAUAGCCUGGUACUUUCUGUUACUUUUGUAAAAGCAGGUGCAACAUAUGAUACAACGCCAUCCCUUGUUGAAUUUGGAGGAACAUUGAGAAGUAUUACUACAGAAGGUCUAUAUAAACUCCAAACAAGAGUAGAAGAGGUAAUAAAAGGCCAGGCAUCUGUGCACAGAUGCAAUUCAUUUUUAAGCUUGAAAGAUGAUGAAUACCCAUUCUACCCCAGCACUGUAAAUGAUGCAGAGUUGCAUCAGCAUGUACAGGCGGUUGGUGGUUACAUGCUUGGUUCUGAUAAGGUAAAAAUGGGGGAGAAGAUCAUGGCAGGUGAGGACUUUGCAUUUUACCAACAGUUGAUUCCAGGAAUUAUGUUUUCUAUUGGAAUAAGAAAUGAGAAAAGUGAAAUAGUAUACCCAGCUCAUUCUCCUUAUUUCUUUGUUGAUGAGGAUGUUCUUCCCAUUGGAGCUGCAUUGCAUACUGCUCUUGCAGAAACAUAUCUUGCUAAGCUCUGCAAUCGUACUGAAAUCUAAGCACGGUCUACCACGAAGGGUUCCGAGUCCCUCGCUUCCUUUUUGCUGGUGUUGCGCUCCCAGAAUCGAU